AUGUCGGAUGGGAUCGCAGUGUCAUCGGAACAAGUCGCAAAGACAUUGGAACAGAGCGCAGUAACAGCAGAUCAAGACAAAGUGGCACUGUUAAGUGAGUUCAAAACCGCGUUUGUUGAAGCUGGCGAGGCGAAUGGCCAACAGAUAGCAGCACCCGAGAAGCCACUGGCGCCACCUUACUUUGACGAUCUUACGAAGAAUGCUGCGCUUCAAUCUUUUGAAAAUAUGGAAUUGCCACUGCGAGCCACAUUCUUGGAUAAUCCGUACGCAUACUUUUGGAAGACAAAGAUCAAAGAGUUGUUGGGAAGGCUGGCGUUAUUGGAUGUAAAAGGUUAUACUUUCUGA